CUGUGCUCCCAGCGCCCCGGCUCGGUGUUCAGCAGGAUGGUUUCCAUCGCUCUCCAAGUGGCCUGCAGCCUCGGUGCCUGGCUCUUUCUCUACAUCUGCUUCUGCUCCUGGAACAAGCAGCGUUCCCACGAGUGGAGCUGUCGCUUGGUCACCCUGCUGCAUGGCGUGAUUGUCACCUGCCUCUCUGGUUACGUGGCUCUCUGGGAUGGCCCCUGGCCUCUGACCCAUGCAGGUUCACCAAACACACCUCUUCAGAUCCACGUGCUGUCCCUGACUUUGGGUUACUUCAUCUUUGACCUGGGCUGGUGCCUCUAUUUCCAGACAGAGGGGGACCUAAUGCUGUUCCAUCACACGCUGAGCAUCUGUGGCAUGAUCAUGGUGCUGGGCCUCGGGAAGUCUGCGACGGAAGUCAAUGCUGUUGUAUUUGUGAGCGAGAUCACCAACCCGCUGCUCCAGACCCGCUGGUUUCUGCGGGAAAUAGGGUGUUACCACACCUUCCUGGGAGAGGUGGUGGAUUUCUUCUUUGUGUUCCUCUUCCUGGUGCUGCGAAUUGGGGGAGGAGCUCUGAUCAUGCACGCGAUGGUGACAUCCCCUGAUCCCAGCUGGCUGCUCAAGGCUGGAGGCCUGGCCAUGUACAUCGUGUCUUUGGGGUUCAUGGCUGAAAUCUGCCGCUUCAUCAGGAGGAAAAUGGUGAAAAAAUAUCAUUCCUGGACACGCCUGAGGAGUAUGAAUGCACCUGUGAAAACGAAUGGGCACUUGGCGGCUCAUUAAGGAGUUGUGGAUGACAAU